GAAGGAGGAGGAGGAGGAGAAGGAGGAGGAGGAGGAUCCAUCCCAGCAGGCAGCAGAAAGGGGUGCAAGGAGGCGAGGCGUGCGGGAUUGACCCCAUCCUCCCGGUUCCCUCCCGCCGACGUGACGGCUGCAGGUGAGGCCGCCGUGCACAAGCCCUGGGGGAGAUGGUGCUGCAGCCAUCGAUGGGCAUGUGGCUGCUGCUGCUGCUGGCGGCGGCCCCAGUGUGCUCGGCAGCACCCCGGCACGCUGCAGUGCUGCCCGACGGUGGGGGCAGUGGGGAUGGCGAGGAGGUCUCGGCCACACCGCCCGUCCACCACGUGACACCGGGGACCAGCCCGACGGCAGGGGACGUGGCGGGGACCACAGUCACCAACAGCUCGGCGCCGCGUGGCUUGCUGGAUGGGCUCGUGGACUUCUUCAAGGAGUACAUGCUGCUGGUGGUGGUGGUGGGUUCGCUGGCCUUCGUCCUCCUCUUCAUCAUCUGCGCCGCUGUCAUCGUCCGGCAGAAGCACAAGGCAUCUGCCUACUACCCCUCCUCCUUCCCUAAGAAGAAAUAUGUGGACGAGCAGGAUAAGACAGGGGGGGCCCGGGCUUUCAAUGAGGUGCCUGAGAAAGCCCCUGACCCCGGUGCUGAGGAGCCCCUCGACUGCAGCCGGCAGCUGCAGGCAGACAUCCUUGCUGCUGCCCAGAACCUCAAAUCCCCCCCCAAGGCGCCACUGGCCAACGGGGCCCGAAGGGAGCAGGAACAUGCUCCUGAGGAGGAGGAGGAAGGAAGCAAAAAGUUAGGUGAAGAGCAACCUGCUGAACCCCCUCCCCAAAAUCCAGGCACUGAGGAAUCAGCAGCUGCAACAGGAGCAGGGGGUGAGGGGGCCCCCAAUGCAGCCCAGGAUGGCACCCCAGCCACCCCCGGCAUCUAGGGCAGGGACUCAGUCCCGGGUGAGCCCGAGGAGCCGCAGGCUCAGGGGGACGCCCUGCAGACACGCGAUGGACGUGGUGGUUUGUUGCUCCAUACGUACGUGGCGGCUCAGAGAAGCCCUGAUGAAGCCCCCCUGUCUGCUCCCCUCCCGACCCCCCCAGAGCCCACCAACCCUUGCACUGUGGGACACUGUGCCAAAGCCGUGAGGGUUUUUUGGCAGGUGAUGUUUUUGGGCAGUGCUGGAGUGCCUUCAGCCCCAUCACUCCUGCUGUCCAAGGGGCUUUUCCCAUCCCUGGGCGCUGUGUGGGCGCACCACUCCCAGCCCUCACCUUCCACCACACGCCGCCGGCUUUCUCCCAAAUAUAAUUUUACUAAUUAGCAGCAUCCUGGCCCCUGCUGGGCGCCUGGCCGGGAGCUGCAUCCUCCGGACAGAGGCAUGGCACUGCAGCCUGGGGGUCUGAGCAGCCGGCCCCCCGCUCUGUGGGGAGCAGGGGAUCUCAGGCACCAUGGGCUGGCUGUGCUGAUUGCUGUGACCACCGAGGAUGGGAUGACCUUGGCCAUCCUUGGGGGGGGUGGGGGGGGGGGCCAAGGGAGAAGGGAAGAGGAUUUAGUGGCAAGGACCCGUCCUUUCAUUUUUCUGCCCCAAAGCCAUGACCUGAGGGCAGCCCAGACCCCAGGUGGACUUUUGCCUUAUUUUCUUAACCCCUUCAGCUAGUAAUAAAGAAAUUUCCUACGCAAA